AUGGAUGACUCUCAACGUUUAUCGUCAUCGAAGUAUAUAGUAGCGGAAAAGUGGAGACUUGUACGAAAAAUCGGAAGUGGGUCAUUUGGUUCUAUAUUUUUGGGGGUUAACAUCGUUACGGGAGAGGAAGUAGCAAUAAAAAUGGAGCGUGUGCGCACACGACAUUGUCAACUGUAUUUCGAAAGUAAAGUGUAUCGAGUACUUCGAGAAACUCCUGGAAUACCUCGAAUUCAGUUUUAUGGACUCGAUGGCGUCAGAAAUCUAUAUCAUGCUAUGGUAAUAGAACUUUUAGGACCUAGUUUGGAGGAUCUUUUUACAUUUUGUGGGCGCAGAUUCACAAUGAAGACUGUUUUGAUGUUAGCUGAUCAGAUGUUGUGGAGACUAGAUUUUAUACAUGCAAAGGGCUUUAUCCACCGAGAUAUUAAACCAGAUAACUUUUUAAUGGGUAUUGGUCGUCAGUGUAACAAAGUUUUUAUCAUUGAUUUUGGUUUGGCCAAAAAGUUUCGAGAUCAUAGAACACGUCGUCAUAUUUCAUAUAGAGAUGAUAAAUCUCUCAUUGGCACAGCGCGUUAUGCUAGUCUUAAUUCUCAUGCUGGCAUUGAACAAUCUAGAAGAGAUGAUAUGGAAUCUCUAGGUUACGUUUUGAUGUACUUCCUCCGUGGUAGUUUGCCAUGGCAAGGAUUACAAGCUGGAAACAAACCUCAGAAAUAUGAACGGAUCCAUGAAAAGAAAGCCAACACACCGAUUGAUGUUCUAUGUCGUGGUUAUCCUUCAGAAUUUCUUCUUUAUCUGAGUCAUUGUCGUGCUUUGCAAUUUGAAGAAGCACCAAAUUACGGUUUUCUCCGGAACAAUUUUCGUAAUCUCUUUCGAUCAUUGUCAUUUGUCUGGGAUUAUGUGUUUGAUUGGACAUUGUUGCGUCAAAAAGUAUCUGCUAUUGGACAACAACAACAGCAACAGCAGCAGUCUUAUCCGCUUCUACAGUUUACUUCUGGUAAUGAAGGUUGCGAUCAUCGUGCUUCUUCUGCAGAGGCACUUGGUGUAACAGCAACUGGAACAUCCGGUGGAAUUAUUCCUCCUGGUCAGACAACCAGCGCAAAUACUGCUGCUGUUACAUCAGUAAAAGAGUAG